AUGGAAGUCAAGCCGACUUUGCGAAGAGCUCUCGUAUCGGACAUCGAAGCCAUCAGCAAUAUUGCUUUAGGAUCGCUGCCUUUGGAUCCCCAAUGGCCAUACCGUUUUCCAUUAGCUUCUGUCUACCCAGAGGAUCACAAGAAGUUUACCCGCAUACGAUACACUGAAUACUUUGCCAAUCAAGUACAAGGCGUUUCCUACAUCAUGCUCGCCGAACUUCCAUCUAACGAGGACCCGUCUAUCAAGAAACCAAUUGCAUUUGCUAUCUGGCAACUCCCAGGAUCCCACAUACAGCCUGUUGAGGUCGAAGCAAAGUCCGGUACGUCGUAUCGCCGAGAUGCCAAUCCGGCGAGAAUGACAGCAUUUCGAAAAGCCAUCUGCAAAGCCAAGGAGGAGUGGUUCGACAAGAAGUUUGGUGAAAGUCAAAUGUGCUUGACGACCUUGGCCACAUACCCUGACUACAUGAGGCGGGGCGCCGGAAAGGCUCUUUGUGAUCCUAUGGGGAAGCCUCUUUACAUGAAGUUGGGUUUUCGUCAGGUGGGGAUGGUGCAUACGCAAGUUGAAGGCGAGGAGGAAUUUCCUGCCUUUCCUGGUAUGAUUCUUGAACUUAAGUAG